GGAGAAACAUCUUCAUAAGAACUGCACCCAGGGCAGGUUUCCCGGGGAGUUCCACUGGAGCUGCAGCGUGUGCGCUCUGUGUUGCAGGUACCCCAACACGGCCUGCGAGCUGCUCACCUCGGACGUGCCCCAGAUCAACGACAAGCUCGGCGGGGACGAGACUCUGCUCAACAUCCUCUACGACUUCCUGGAUCACGAGCCCCCCCUGAACCCUUUGCUUGCCAGUUUCUUCAGUAAGACUAUCGGGAACCUCAUUGCCCGGAAAACAGAGCAGGUGAUUGCCUUUCUAAGGAAAAAGGACAAAUUCAUCAGCCUGGUGCUAAAGCACAUCGACACAUCAGCCAUGAUGGACCUGCUGCUGCGGCUCAUCAGCUGCGUGGAGCCCGCGGCGCUGCGGCACGACGUGCUCAACUGGCUCAAUGAAGCGAAGAUUAUCCAGAGACUCGUGGAGCUGAUCCAUUCCAGCCAGGACGAGGACGUGAGUGUGACCAGGCUCUUGGCUCUGGGGGUGGUGGGUCCUGCAGGAUCCGUCCAGGAGACUCCCAGGUCCCUUUGGAGAUGUCCUGGUGACCUGUGGAGGAGAUGAGGGACGACCUCAGGG